AUGUCCGCUUUCCCUAACCAAGAAUCUUCACAUUCAGCGCCUCUGCUAUCCUUGACUCCUGCACAAUUCGCCAGACUUCAGCCCCACACCUAUGUCUACGCGCACCUGAGUCCCUCAUCUGACCACCCAAGACCUUCCACGCGCAUAAACGGACGAAGUGAAUCUCAGUUUCGUGCUGCAACGGUGAACACAGGCUCUUUGACCCACGCGAACGGCAGUGCAGUGGUUCGUAUUGGCGAGACAACAGCAGUAUGUGGCGUGAGAGGAGAGAUCCUAUCUACAGAUGAUAUCCCUGCGUGGAGCAUAUCGAAUACUUCUUCAGGUUCCACUGCAAAAUCUCCACGAGAGGAGAGCACUGAAGAUGAUGACGAUACAGAGAUCCAGGUAUUCAACCUUCUGGUCCCAAAUCUCUCGUUGAGCACUGGCUGCUCGCCUGCCAUUGCCGCUAGUUCCGCCCCUUCCUCUCUCGCACAGUCAUUAUCCCACCAGCUGCUCUCUCUUCUUCACACGUCUCGAUUAAUACGCUCCCGAGACUUGCGAAUCUGGUCCAGUCCGAAUCGUACACCAAUUCUAUCUCAGGAACAUUCAGACGUCACCAUGGAAGAUGCACCCGCAUCCACAGAACCAUUAGAUGCCCCAGAAAUAAAGGCUUUUUGGACUUUAUACAUUGAUGUUUUAAUAAUUUCACUCGCGGGAAAUCCCUUUGAUGCAGCUUGGGCGGCUGUUGUGGCAGCAUUGCGGGACACUCGCCUUCCAAAGGCGUGGUGGGAUAUAGACAACGAAAUGAUUCUUUGCUCGGAUUGCGUAUCAGAAUCGACUACGCUGCAGCUACGUGGGAUGCCCAUAUCUAGCUCUUUUGCCGUAUUUGAAGCCGAUCCUGUCAACGAUUGGAGAAAGAUCAUCGUUGAUUGUCAGCAUGUAGAGUCUAACUCUGAGGACUCAAUGAAGGAUGACAACAAGACUGAGUCUCCAAAGAAAAUAAAACGAUGGAUACUCGCCGAUCCAGACGCCUUUGAAGAAUCUCUGUGUCAAGAGCGAGCCUGUAUUGUCGUCGAUAAGUCCUCAGGAGCGUCGGAUCCAGUAAAAAUCAUAAGGAUGGAGAAGAGCGGGGGAUUUUAUAUCGGUAAAAACGAGCUGAAAGAACUCGUAAAUUCGGCCGCUGGCAGAUGGGAGGAGUGGCGAGGGUUGUUAGAUGGCGUAUGA